AUGCCCUCAGUGUAUUUUGCCUCGGACCCAACGAACAGGGAAGGCGGGGCUGGAGGAGGAGCCGAAAAUGGGGAAGGAGAGGGGGCCCAACUGCGGGUUCCCCAAAUGCCCCAAUUGGCCCGAGGAUUCUCUCUCGUUCCUGAGAGACUGGGAGGCAAAGGAAACAACUCAAGCAGCGGCCCCGGAGGAAGUGUUUCCAAGCAGCGCCAAACCAAUAAAGGCAUGUUUGGGUGUGAGGCUGCUAUCCGUAUUCUUGCUUACUUUGCUGUACUCAUAACUCUACCAUUUUCUCUUGUGAUGUGUCUCAAGGUAAUCGCUCAGUAUGAGCGAGCUGUCGUGUUCCGCCUGGGUCGGCUUGUCUCAGAGAUACCUAAAGGACCAGGUCUGGUUUUUAUCCUACCCUGUUUAGAUAAUGUAAAAACUAUCGACUUGCGGACAUUCACUUUCAACGUCCCCACCCAAGAAGUGCUGACCAAAGAUUCGGUAACGGUUGCAGUAGACGCUGUCGUGUAUUACCGGAUAUUUGACCCGGUCAUGUCCGUUGUGAAUGUAGAAGAUGCUAAUCGUUCAACGCGGCUCCUCGCACAGACUACGCUGCGAAAUGUCUUAGGAACCGUUGAUUUGUAUCAGUUGCUGACAGCAAGAGAACAAAUUGCCCACCUGAUGCAGGACUGCUUAGACACUGCAACAGAGACAUGGGGCGUCAAGGUUGAGCGUGUUGAUAUUAAGGAUGUCCGUCUGCCCAUCCAGCUUCAACGAGCGAUGGCCGCUGAAGCCGAAGCAGCUCGAGAAGCAAAGGCGAAGGUUAUUGCAGCCGAAGGAGAACAGCGGGCUUCAGUUGCCUUGAAGGCGGCAGCCAUGGAGAUCGGUGAAUGUCCGAUUGCACUUCAACUGCGAUACCUUCAAACUCUAUCAAGUAUCUCCGACGAAAAAAACUCGACAAUAAUUUUCCCUCUGCCUAUAGAUCUAUUGAGUCUCUUUCAUCAGGCCUACUCCUCUAAUGUCUCUUCAGCUGGGAACCCCCCAAGUGAGGGCACUUUGCGCAGCGAAGACCUUCCACCACCUCCCCCUCAUCCUCCCCCGCCUCCCCAGAGGGCAUCCGGGGUGCACCCAAAGUCCUCGGCCGAGACCCUCGAUGAAGCGCUUAUUUAA